UUCCCUUCCCGGCGCCCUCCGCCUCUUGUCCAUCAGGUUCCUUGGUUUUAGUUGUCUCUCCUCUCUUGCCUGCUGGUCCUCCAGCUGUCUGGCACUCUGCCUUCCCUAGCUUUAUCCACCUGUGCGUCUCUUGCUCGACCCUCCAGGUGCGCACCCCUAGAACUCUGCUGCGCGUGCGCCUUGAGCUCUUGGGAGGCAAGAUCGCGCAGUUGGAAAAACUUCAGCGGCUAGCUUUGCCGUGAGCAUCGCUUCCACGCCCCGCGACCGAGACGCGCGUGAGGCUGGGACAGGUGACUCUAGUUGGCGCGAUGGGCUGCUCCAGCAGCGCCCUCAACAAGGCGGGCGAGAGCAACAGGUUCGGCAGUGCAGUACCUUCAAAUGAGAAUUCUUCCGCUGCAGAGCAAAGCAAGUUCUGUGUGGCCCAACCCAAACCAUGUAUACCAGGAAGAGAAGCUGCCUUCUAUGGCAAUGCGCAAAGGGAAAGCCAUCCUCCACCAGAGAGGCCCAAGGCCUCAGUGGUGCCUACAGCUAAUGGUGUUAAAUCCUACCACCAACAACCUCUGGCAAAUGACGAGGCCCCUGGAAAGGAUGCCACAGAUGAGUUAGAACUCACAAAGAAGACUGAGCCUCUAGUGCAAGGGGAAGAGUAUGAGUUAUUUCAGGCAGAAGGCAAAGACACUACCCUAAGAGAUGAGGAAAUGAAGGAAGAUAUGGAAACAAGGACAGAGUCCCAGUCUGUAAAAGGAAAUGCUGAGACUGAAUCUCUAGGAACAGAAGCCUUGAGACAGCCUCUGAAGACAUCAGCAGAGACAGACUCCCCUGGAGCAGGGGAAGGCAGGGAGAUUCCACAGACUGGAAUGACAAAGCUAGAAGCAGCUGAGAACAUUCUGCCUCUGGAAACAGCCAACGAGCUUCCAUCUAAAGAAGCAAUGGGAAACAAUGCACAAUCCCGGAUUCUAGGAGCAAUUCCCAAAGAGAACAACUCCCCAGAAACAGUGGAAGGGCAUCAGUUUGUGGAAAAAGCUGAACAAAAGGAACUUCAAGAGACCCUGAGAAAGGACAAGCAGUUCCAGCUUCUAGAAACAAUUCCUAAAGAGAACAACUUUGCAGAAAUAGUGGAAGGGAGUCAGACUGCAGAAAGCAGUAGAAAGCAGCCAUCUCAGGAAACACCAGGCAAAACUGAGCAGCCCCAAAUUCUGGAAACAGUUCUGAAACUGAAUGAAAUGCCACAAAUGCCAGACAGAAGCCAGCUUGAGCAGACACCUGUAAUGAACAAGUCAUCCUGUGGACCUCUUGACAGUAUCAGAAAUGCCGGUAAAUCUCAACCUGAAGCAACAGGUGGAAGCAAGGAGCAGCUGGUGGGAACCGCAGAGACAGCAGCAAAUGUGGAAGUGGCUAGAGAAACUCACACUGAUAAAGAGGAGCAGCACAUUGAGGGUGAGACAGGAGAAAAGGUGGAAGCAGAGAUGAAAAAUGAGAAAGAAAGUGAAGAAGCUGAAACCGAAGAAAAGGAAACAGAAGCUGUGGAUCUUGGAGCAGCAGGGGACAGCAAGAGAAGGGCUAGUGUGCACAGUGUUCUAGCAGGUCAGGAAAAUUUGAGGCUGUGAGGGCAGGUACCAUCUCUCUGGCUAUGUGGUUUAUGCAAGGAGUGUAGCUGUAGAUUGUAGGAACCAAGAGAAUGACACUAUUUUUUAUCAUGUUAUGCCACAGAACUGCUAAGCUAGACACACUUCUUUUUAGGCAUUUAGGAUAAUUAUGCAUUUAAAGUGACAAUAACCAGAGCCAAUAAAAACUUUAAGAUCAUGGACGUGAAGGUGAUUUUCUUCCUUGUGGCCAUGGGACCAUUAAUAAGAUGAGACCCUAAAAGGAUUUCAUGUAGGUGGCUAGAGAGAGGAAUUAACACAUUUUCAGAAACUCAUGAUCAGAGAAUUAUGUAGUUAUCAUAAUGAUGGAAUAAUACCCACAGAACGCAGGAUGAACUACACCUAAUAUUUUUGUCGUGUAAUAGAAAUUACUGAUGAGAACUGUAGGGAGUCUGUAACCUAAUUACCUUCUGUCCUGAAAUCUAUCUACUACUACAGAUUGCUGUGUACUAUGCUGUUCUAAACGUUAACAAACAUUUCCAGAGGAAUGCAAACUGGGGUGCUAUUGCAAGGUUUGUCGUUCCUCACAAUGGAAGUGUCCACAUUUUCCAUGUGCCAUUUUGAAUUGGCUAGUGAUUUUAUACUUUUGUGAGUUUAUUUUCAGUUGCUGAUUUUUCCUUGUCUGUUUUACUUACUAACUGUAAACUAAUUUUAAAUUCCUAACUUUUAGUGCAUUUCUGAGGCAGUAACAAAUACCCAGCAAGGAUUAAGUCUUAGCUUCAGGGCAGUGGAGACAACUCAGCAGUUAAAGUGUUUGCUUCUAAGCAAAGAAUGAGAGUUGGAUCCUCAGCAAGAGCUCUGGGUGGGCGUGGAAGCUGCUUGUAAAUUCAGCCCAGAGGGCAGUGAUAGGGGUCCUCCAAGCAAGCUGGCUAGGGAGACUAGUCUCACAGCUUUGUGGUUUUGAGUGACAGACUCUGCCUGAAAAAAAUACUGUGAAAGUAAUUGUGGAAUGUUUCUGGUAUCAACCUUGUCCUUCUACACACAAAUGUACACACAUUUCUCCACACAUAUGUGAGCAUGCAUACAUGCACAGCACACAUGUAUGGGGAAAAAAGGUGAAAACGAAAACCAACCCCCCAACAAACAAAUAAACAAACCCCCAAACACCCUAGCUUAGCUUUAUUGUUUAUGUGUAAUUUUCCUGAGCCUGUUUUAAGUGACUGCAAAUUAGCAUUAGGAUUUAGAUGUGGAAAAGCUAAGAAGCCAAUGGACGAAUCUAUGGACCACAGAAAGUCAUUUUUUUCAGAAUUCUUCCAACACAGGCCAUGGAUUUUGCUGAUGAUUGUGUGAACCACAGUAUGGUAGUGACUUUGUUCUUUGUUAAGUGCUUUGUGUUUGUGAAUAUCAAGGUAGGCUUAUGGAACAUUUAUUACGCUAUUGGAGACUGUGAGUCUUCUUGAGAUCUGGCGCAUCUUUAUUUUUCUCUACAGGAGCCAAAACAAAUUUGGCAUUCUAUAAAUACUCAUCUAUGGCAAAUAUUCUUUACCAUUGUGUAACCA